GAAGGAUCCUGCUGCUGCCGCGGCGGCGAAGAAGAAGAAGGUGCCGCUGCUCGGCAUGUUCCGGUACGCCGACCGCCUCGACGUGCUGCUGAUGGCGCUCGGCACGGUGGGCGCGCUUGGCAACGGCUUGUCGGAGCCGCUCAUGUCGGUGCUCUUCGGCAACGUCAUCAACUCCUUCGGCGAGAACACCAGCCGCACCGUCCUCCGCAGCGUGACCAAGGUUGUCCUGAACUUCGUAUAUCUGGGCAUUGGAACGUCAGUUGCCUCCUUCCUCCAGGUGUCAUGCUGGACGAUGGCAGGAGAAAGGCAGUCUGCCCGCAUCCGUUCUUUAUACCUGAAAGCAGUUCUGAGGCAGGAUAUCUCAUUCUUCGACACAGAGAUGACAACCGGCGAAGCAAUUUCUAGAAUGUCUAGUGAUACCCUCCUAAUUCAAGGUGCUCUUGGCGAUAAGGCAGGGAAGCUUGUGCGACUGUUAUCAAGCUUUAUUGGCAGCUUUAUCAUAGCAUUCGCACAAGGAUGGCUUCUCACUCUUGUCAUGCUAACAUCACUACCACUAAUUGCUAUUGCCGGAGCAAUUUCUGCACAGGCCCUAACUAGAGUUUCUAGCAAGAGACAAACAUCAUAUAGUGAUGCUGCCGACACAGUUGAACAGACCAUUGGAUCUAUAAGAACAGUUGUGUCCUUCAACGGUGAGAAGAAAGCAAUAGCAAUGUACAGUAAGUUCAUAAAAAAGGCAUACAAGACUACCAUUGAGGAAGGCAUUAUCACUGGUUUUGGCAUGGGUUCUACGUUGAGCAUCUUGUUUUGCAGCUAUGGAUUAGCCUUCUGGUAUGGUGGAAAGCUAAUAAUCGAGAAAGGUUACACUGGAGGAAAGAUCAUUACUAUCUUGUUUGCCGUGUUAACUGGUGCAACCUCAUUAGGUAAUGCAACACCUACAGUUGCUGCAGUUGUGGAAGGUCAAUCUGCAGCAUACAACUUGUUCAAAACAAUUGAGAGGAAACCAGAGAUAGAUUCAGAUGAUAACAGUGGCAUGGUUUUAGAAGAUAUGAAUGGGGAUAUUGAGCUAAAGGAUGUGUACUUUCGCUACCCAGCAAGACCUGAGCAAUUGAUAUUGGAUGGAUUGUCAUUACAAGUAGAGAGUGGAACAACAAUGGCUAUAGUUGGAGAGAGUGGAAGUGGCAAGUCAACAGUAAUCAGCCUAGUUGAAAGAUUCUAUGAUCCACAGUCUGGCGAAGUUUUGAUAGAUGGAAUUAACAUCAAGAAACUGAGACUUGAUUGGAUAAGAGGGAAGAUCGGUCUUGUUAGCCAAGAGCCUCUGCUUUUUAUGACCUCCAUUAAAGAUAACAUAAUAUAUGGUAAAGAAGAUGCAACAUUUGAAGAGAUCAAAAGAGCAGCCGAGCUUGCAAAUGCAGCAAAUUUCAUUGACAAGUUACCUAAUGGUUACGAUACAUUAGUUGGCCAGCGUGGUGCUCAGCUUUCUGGAGGACAAAAACAGAGAAUUGCAAUUGCAAGAGCCAUCCUUAAAAAUCCAAAAAUCCUUUUGCUAGAUGAAGCAACAAGUGCACUUGAUGUGGAGUCUGAGAGGAUAGUUCAGGAGGCACUAAAUAGAAUGAUGGUACAAAGAACCACACUCGUCGUUGCUCAUCGCUUGAGCACUGUGAGGAAUGUAGAUUGCAUCACAGUCGUCCAGCAAGGAAAAAUAGUUGAACAAGGUCGUCAUGAUGCACUGGUGAAGCAUCCCAAUGGGGCUUACUCCCAGCUGGUUAGGCUGCAAGAGACUACUGGUGGUGAAAGGCAUACACUACCAGAUUCUGGAGUGCCAGAUUCUAGAUCAAAAAGUACUAGUCUGUCAUUCAAGAGGUCAAGGACUAAAGAUUCUCUCAGCAAAAGCAACAGGUAUUCUUUCAAGAACCCCUUAGGAUUGCCUGUCGAUAUACAUGAGGACAGAAUAACAAGCGAACAAGAAAAGGAUGACCACUCAGACAGUGAGGCCAUUAAGAAAACACCAUUUGGACGACUAUUUAAUCUUAACAGGCCAGAAGUGCCAGUUCUUCUGUUAGGUUCCAUAGCAGCUUCAGUGCAUGGAGUCCUUUUCCCAAUAUUUGGUCUAAUAAUGCCAGGUGUUCUAAAAUCUUUCUAUGAACCGCCUGAUAAGCUGCAAAAAGAUUCUAGAUUUUGGGCAUUGAUGUCGGUUGUUCUGGGAGUUGCUUGUUUGAUUUCAAUCCCAGCAGAAUAUUUUUUGUUUGGAAUUGCUGGGGGAAAGCUUAUAGAGCGUGUCCGCACUCUGUCAUUUCAAAGCAUUAUGCACCAAGAGGUUGCUUGGUUUGACAACCCCUCAAAUUCCAGUGGGGCACUUGGAACAAGGCUUUCAGUAGAUGCAUUAAAUAUUCGGCGUUUAGUAGGAGAUAACCUGGCCCUUAUAGUCCAGGCUGUAGCUUCAUUAAUCACCGGCCUUGUCAUAGCUUUUACAGCAGAUUGGAGGCUUGCAUUGAUCAUCAUGUGUGUAAUUCCUUUAGUGGGUGCACAGGGUUAUGCUCAAGUUAAGUUCUUGGAGGGAUUUAGCAAAGAAUCUAAGGACAUGUAUGAGGACGCAAACCAAGUUGCAGCAGAUGCUGUAGGUGGCAUCAGAACUAUAGCAUCUUUCGGUUCAGAGAAAAGAGUGGUGGAAAUAUUCAACAAUAAAUGUGAAGCUUUAAGAAAACAGGGAAUUCGAAGCGGAAUUGUUGGAGGGAUUGGCUUUGGUUUCUCAUACUUGAUGUUAUUUCUGACGUAUGGUCUUUGCUUCUACGUUGGUGCAAAGUUUGUAAGCCAGGGAAAAACUACUUUUCCAGAUGUUUUCAAAGUUUUCUUUGCUUUAGUUUUGGCAGCUGUUGGUGUUUCACAGUCAAGUGCAUUGUCUUCUGAUGCAACAAAGGCAAGGGAUUCUGCCAUUUCCAUUUUUAGUAUUCUAGAUCGGAAGUCCAGGAUUGAUUCAAGUAGCGAUGAGGGAAGGAUAAUGGAGAACGUCACUGGGAGCAUUGAUUUCAAUAACGUCAUUUUCAAGUACCCAUUGCGUCCUGAUGUUCAAAUAUUCAGUGACUUUACCCUGCACAUUCCAUCCCAAAAGACCAUAGCACUUGUUGGAGAGAGCGGUAGUGGGAAGUCCACAAUAGUUGCUUUAUUACAGCGUUUCUAUGAUCCUGAUUCUGGUAAUAUCUCACUAGAUGGAGUCGAAAUUAGAAGCUUAAAAGUCAGCUGGUUGAGGGAUCAGAUGGGGCUUGUAGGCCAAGAGCCAGUGCUUUUCAAUGACACAAUCCACGCCAACAUAACAUAUGGAAAACACGGCGAGGUAACAGAGGAAGAGGUCAUGGCUGUUGCCAAGGCAGCAAACGCCCAUCAGUUCAUAUCGAGCCUGCCACAAGGAUAUGACACAGUGGUAGGUGAGAAAGGGGUGCAAUUAUCAGGUGGGCAAAAGCAGAGGGUAGCAAUUGCAAGGGCCAUCAUCAAGGACCCUAAGAUAUUGCUACUUGAUGAGGCAACCAGUGCUCUGGAUGCAGAAUCAGAGCACAUUGUUCAAGAUGCAUUGGAUCGAAUAAUGGUCAGCAGGACCACCAUUGUAGUGGCACACCGCCUCUCCACAAUCAAAGGGGCUGAUAUAAUUGCAGUCCUCAAGGAAGGGAAAAUCGUAGAAAAGGGAAAGCAUGAAGCACUGAUGCGGAUCAAGGAUGGAGCAUAUGCUUCACUUGUACAACUCCGCUCUAGUUCCGAGUAAAAUGAUGUAUAUUUUGACUAUUUAUUGAUCUGUACAAUUCAUUUGGCCAUAAAUUCUAG